AUGGAGUCCAGGUGGGAUGCGCUGAGCACGCUGGGGGCCAUCACCGCCUCCUGGCUGCUGCUGCGGGCGACUUGGGGGGUGGCCCGCGCAGUGUACCUGUACCUGCUGCCCCAGGUCCGCCGCGGCAACCGUUGGCUCCGGGCGCAGGGAGCCUGGGCAGUGGUGACAGGAGCCACCAGCGGCAUUGGCAAGGCCUACGCGCACGAGGUGAGUGGAUUUGAAAAGGCUGGCAAAGCAGCCCAGUGCGAAGGCCCUGGGUUCAAUCCUCAGUACCUGGCGAGGGGCAGCGGGGGUACUGAGGAAGUGAAUGAAUUUCCGCAGCUGGCCAGGAGGGGGCUGAACGUCGUCCUCAUCAGUCGAAACCUCAGCAAGUUGGAGCACGAGGCGGGGGAGAUCGAGCGGCUCCACGGCAGGUCCACGCGCGUCAUUCAGGCCGAUUUCACCGGGGGCUUGGAGAUCUACGGUGCCAUCGAGGCAGGACUGCGGGGCCUGGAGAUCGGAGUGCUGGGUGAGCACCAUUGGGGCAGGGGCGUCAUCAUCAACGUGUCCUCCUUAGUCUCUGAAAGGGGCAUCCUGUCUACUGCCUUAUACUCAGCCACUAAGACCUUUGUGCAGUACUUCUCCGAGGCUGUGGGCGCAGAGUACUCCCCUCACGGUGUCACCAUCCAGGUGCCCGACUGGGGGCGGGUGGAGGGCUCAAAGGAUGUGGCUGGGGUAGCAGCUCUGGAGGAGAAGGAAGAGAGUCUGACGGUGAGCCCCUCGUUUGUCUCCACAAACAUGAUCAACAACAACUCAACCGGGCUGCUGGUGAAGAGUGCCGACGAGUUCGCCCGCACGGCCUUGGACACGCUGGGCCUCUCCUCCCACGUCUGUGGCUGCCUCAACCACGAACUGCAGAGCUUCCUGCUGCCUUUCAUCAUACCCCUGCACUAG